CUGCCCCUGCCGCCUCUCCUGCUGCCUCUGCUGCUGCUGUGUUCGCCGACGACGACUCCAGCCGCUCCCGCUGUCCGCGCAGCGGGACCUGGCCUGGAGGAGCGGCUUUUCCAGCAGGUGCGGGACCACUUCAGCUUCGAGCCCUGUGGGAAUGAGACCUUUCCGCAGCGGUACCUGAUCUCGGCAAAGUUCUGGAAGAAAGGAUCUGGACCCAUCUUUUUCUAUACUGGCAAUGAAGGUGACAUCUGGACUUUUGCUCAGAACUCUGACUUUAUAUUUGAAUUAGCAGAGGAACAGCAAGCACUUGUCAUUUUUGCUGAGCAUAGGUACUAUGGGAAGUCUCUUCCGUUUGGACUUGAGUCAAGACAGCUGAGGAAGACUCACCUGCUUACUGUGGAGCAAGCCCUGGCUGACUAUGCAGUGCUGAUUACUGAGCUUAAGCAGCAGCAUGGUGCUGCAGCCUGCCCUGUCAUAGCCUUUGGAGGCAGCUAUGGGGGAAUGCUGAGUGCCUACAUGAGGAUGAAAUAUCCAAACAUUGUGGAUGGAGCAUUGGCUGCCAGUGCUCCUCUGCUGUCUGUGGCUGGCCUUGGAGACCCCACCCAGUUCUUCAGAGAUGUAACAGCAGAUUUCCACAGGUCCAGCCCAGGCUGCAGCGCUGCUGUCCGCAGAGCCUUCCAGCAGAUAAAGGAUCUGUGCCUGAGUGGAGCCUACGAUGAAAUCAGCAGGAAAAUGGCCACGUGCCAGAAGCUGUCUAGCAAGCAGGAUGUUUACCAGCUCUAUGGCUUUGCUAGAAAUGCCUUCACUAUGAUGGCCAUGAUGGACUACCCCUACAAAACAGACUUCAUGGGACACCUCCCUGCCAAUCCAGUGAAGGUUGGCUGUGAACAAAUCCUUGCCCACACAGACCCAGUAGAAGGCCUGGCUGCUCUGGUUGGGGUGUUCUACAACUCCUCGGGCUCGGCACAGUGCUUCGACAUUUACCGCCUGUACCAGGCCUGCGCGGAUCCCACCGGCUGCGGCACCGGCGCCGACGCAGAAGCCUGGGACUACCAGGUCUGCACAGAGAUCAACUUAACGUUCGACAGCAACAACGUGACCGACAUGUUCCCUGCCAUGCCCUUCACGGAGGCCAUGCGGCAGCGCUACUGCCAGGGCCGCUGGCACGUGCGGCCGCGCCCGGGCUGGCUGCGCACCAACUUCUGGGGAGCAGACUUGAGAAGUGCAAGCAACAUCAUCUUCUCAAAUGGAGACUUGGACCCCUGGGCUGGAGGUGGGAUAAACAGCAGCCUGAGUCCUUCCCUCAUUGCCUUGACCAUCAAAGGAGGUGCUCAUCACCUGGAUCUCCGGGGACACAACCCUGCUGACCCCCCGGCCGUCACCGAGGCACGCAGGCUGGAGGCCAGCGUCAUCAGCAGCUGGGUGCAGGCUGCAGCCGUGCGCAGGGCACGGGCGGCUGGCUCCGCACGCCUGGCACCACAGGCUGCCAGGCUGCCACCAGGGCAUGGACACACAGCGGCCUGCUGA